AUGGACGAGACUGAGGCCUAUGUUAUCAAUGUUGCUGAUUGGCAUCGCCCAUUUAUUGAGUUCCUAUCGUAUAGCGCCCUCCCAGAGGACAAGCAGGCUGUAGCAAUAAUAAAAAGAAAGUCUACACGGUUCAAGCUUAGAGAGGGUGAGCUUUUCUACUGCGCUCUCAAUGAAACGUACUUUCAAUGCUUGGCUCAGAGCGAGGCCAUAGAAGCACUCAAAGCGGCUCACCAACUGGAGUAUCAAGGCGUGCGCAAGCUUUUUGCACAUUUGUUAUACAAAGGAUUUUACUGGCCCACUAUGGAGCAUGAUGCCAAGUCUUAUGUGCAGAAGUGCAAGCCUUUCCAGCACUACCACCAUCAAAUAUAUACUCCAGCUACACCUCUCCAUCCCAUUGAGGGCCCUUAA